UGAGGCGUAAGGCUGGAUACAUCAUCGGACAUUCUUGUCGGGACCACACGGCGUCCGCACCCUCAGGAGGGCCUUGAUUCGAAAUGACCACGGCACGCGUUCGGAUUUUCUUUUAUCAGGCGAGCCUCAAUGCUCAACCCUCGGAAUAAGGCUACCGCUCUGCGACUGUUGCCAUACCCGGAAUCACUAUGCCCUCCGCACCACCCUCAACAACCGCCGAGAUUCUAGAAACGGGCACUAUCGACCCAGCCUUUGCCGCGGCCCUCGAGUCCGAGCCCAUCCCAGCAGGCACAAGCUACAGCCUCGCCGACCUCAAACAACAGAGCGCAUCAGCCCUGGCAUCUCUCCAACAACGCCUCUCAGCCUCACGACCUCCGGACAUAACUGAAACUCAACAUUUCAUCAGCCUCCGCGACAACUACCCAUCCCGCAUAAUCAUAUGCCAUUCAACAUCCGCCCUCGAAAGCACCACUCCGGCCCCUCUAAUUGUCCUCUUCCACGGCGGCGGGCAUUGCGUCGGGCAUCCGGAGAACGAACUCCCACUCGCCCGCGAACUGGCGUCGCCACAUUCAGCGAUCGUGAUCUGCGCAUCAUACCGGCUCGCGCCAGAAUUCCCAUUCCCCUUCUCCAUCUGCGACGCUUGGGAAACGCUGGAAUUCGCGGCCAGUGAGUCACGCAAGUCGAACUCCGCCAUCCUCCCGCGCUGCACGGACGCGCGAACGGGCUUCAUCGUCGGCGGAACCUCGUCCGGAGCUAAUCUCGCUGCAUCACUGGCUCAUCUUGCGAGAGAUCAUAACUUGUUUCCACCACUGACUGGACAAUUCCUGUGCGCGGGGUCGUAUAUCUCGAGUAUGAACGUCCCUGCGAAAUAUAAGGAUCAGUAUCUCAGUUUCGAGCAGAAUCGGAAUGCGCCGAUGUUGGAUGAGGCGACGUUCAAAAUGUUCAGGGAAGCGUUCAAGCCGGACUUGUCGAGUAAACUGUAUGCGAGCUUUGAUCAGCAUCAUCCUCUUGAUGAAGGCAUGAGAUCUGUGCGGCAUGGGCAUCUGGGGGUUGCGCCGGCUUAUUUCCAGGUUUGUGGGAUGGAUAUGUUCAGGGAUGAUGGUUUGAUCUAUGAGAGGGUGUUACGCGAGGAGUGUGGUGUGUCUACACGGUUGGACUUGUACGCUGGGUGGGGGCAUGGUUGGUGGUCUUUAUCUCCGGAGCUGGAGAUGAGUAGGAAAAGGAUGAGCGAUGCUGUUGAUGGGGUCGGAUGGCUGUUAGACGAGGGCAAGAAGAAAGAUGGCUGUUAGCUGGUGAUAUGUGAUUCAUGUCUUGCCGUCGCGAGUUGUCGGCGGAGAACAAGAUGGCGGAAGAGAUACCCACGGUUGAUGAAUAAAUGAGGAAAUAUUACAGUAUUCGCUCCGAGCAGAGGCGUGAUGCAUGAUUGAGCAGUUCUUUCCAUAUGAACGUACUGCAUAGUGUGACUCUUUCACAGAAUGCAUGCUUCGUCGGGACGGGCGAGACAAGAGCGUUGCCACG